UUUUGUACCAAAUUCAUUACUCACAGUGAAUUGAAUUCUCUCUUCUCUCUCCACAAGCACAAGUUUCACAUUUCUCUCAUCAUUUUAUUAUUACUUCAUUUGUAACCUCUUUUUUCUGUACUAUCAUCUCUCUGAACUUUCUAGAGCACUCAUACAGAAAAAAUUACUCAGGUGUGAAAUGGCUUUGGGGAGCAAUGAGAAAAGAGAAUCAAUUUUCAAAGCUCCAAAAUCACUUCUCUAUGUAGGACUUGGCUUAGAUUCUGAUUCCCUUAGAAGCCCCACUUCACCACUAGAUGUUACUUUGCUUUCAAAUAGAGGUAACCCUUUAAGAACAUCACCACCUAAUGAGGGUCCACAAAGAGGUUGGAACUGUUCCAAAGUAGGUUUAAGUCUAAUAGAUUCUUUGGAAGAUUGUUCCAAAUUUUCUAGGAAUGUUCUUUUAUCAUCUGAGUUUAAUAAGGGUAAUCUUAGUCCUAAUCCUAGUCCUCAAAUGAUUACUAAAGUUCCUAAUUGUAAUCAUUGUUUGGAUUCUGUUAAGGCUUCUAAGUCCUUACCUAAUGAUUUUUUUAAGCUUCCUUAUACACAAAAUAGUUCUAUUUUCCAAAAGGAUGAAUCUGAGUCCAAUGUUGUUUUUGAAAUCGGUGAACCAUUGUUAGAACAUGAAUUACCCUUUGGAAAAUCAAUGUCUUGUUCAUUGGACUUUUAUAGUCCGAUUAAAGAUUCUAACUUUAAUUCAAAAUGUGGAAAAUUUUGUUUGAAACCCCCUCAUUUUAUCGGAGAAAGCAAGAAUCCAAACACAUUGCUACCUGUGUCUCUAUCUGCAAGUGAGAUUGAAAAUUCUGAGGACUAUACAUGUGUGAUUUCGCACGGUCCUAAUCCGAAGAAAACACAUAUUUUCUGUGACUGCAUCUUAGAAAUUCAUGCUGGUGACGAUGUUAUAGAACAUCAAAAUAAGAACGAAGAGAAGGAGGGCUUGCUUUCUCCAGUGGUUGACAAAUUAGAGACUCCGAACCAAUAUCCCUUUGGUGGUGGCUUUUUAGUUUUCUGCGACAAUUGCAACAAGAAAUUUGAAGAGGGGAAAGAUAUUUACAUAUAUAGAGGCGAAAAAGCAUUUUGCAGUUUAACUUGCCGCGCCCUUGAGAUUAUGAUUGAUGAGGAGCUAGAGGAAUCCAAUGCACCACCUGAAAACAACUUCAUGGAGUUGGAAUCUGGUGAAGACCUUGUUGGAUCUAGCAUCUUCACUGCUGAAUAGAGAGGUUUUUUCUGCCAUUGGCACCGAGUCCGUGAAACAAAUAAACGCACAUAAUCAUCUGUUGAAAGGAGCUGUUUUUAUGUGCUUUAGCAGCCAUGGAUGAUUGUUUUGUACAUUGCGUUUGCCAUUGAUUUUUGUUUUGGCUUUCAUGGUCUCAGUGGAUGGUGACUCUCUUCAGCUAGAUUUGGUUUUGGUAUAUGACUUUAUGAUACUAAAUAUGUUAUGAAAUUAUAUGAUAGGUUAUGUAUGCUUUUUGAAAAUGCAAACAUAUUAGGGUUUAAGCUCAUUUUUCAUGGCUUACCCUGUUGUUGUAAUUGGUUUUUUCAUACUUUAUGUCUAAGAAUCUAUGUGUGCAA